UUUGAGUUUGAGUUUGCUAUAUUUUUUGACGGUGUCUCAAAAUGAUCAUCCCUGUCAGAUGCUUCACGUGUGGGAAGAUCGUGGGUAACAAGUGGGAGGCGUACCUCGGCCUGCUUCAAGCCGAGUACACUGAAGGUGAUGCCCUUGAUGCCCUGGGCCUGAAGAGAUACUGUUGUCGGAGGAUGCUCCUUUCUCAUGUGGAUCUUAUCGAGAAAUUGUUGAAUUAUGCUCCACUGGAGAAGUGAUUGGCCACCUUCAAGAACUGCACGGACUUUGUGGGGCUGUGGCAUCUCCAUACCACAGCCCUGUUAUUGUAUUGAGAUAUGACAACAAAUACCAACGACAGUGAAGACUUCUGGGACAUUUGUGAUUUGAUAAUGCAUUUUUUUUUAAAUAAAGCUGUUAAAUGACA